UAUAAAUAAAUAAAAUUAAAAAAAAAAAAGAAUAGUUACAGGAGACUCUUAAAGUCAUGGGGGGGUUCUUUCCCUUCAUGUUUUAAUGAAUAUCCUUGAACUGAAGUCAUUUUGAACAUUUUAAUAAUUUCUUUAAAAUUUGAAACAUCUUUUUGAGUAGAAUACAUUCUCUUUUGUAAAAAUUAAAACACUCCAGAAAUAUACAAGCUAACAAGUGGUAAAAACUCCUAUUUCUCACAUACCUCCCAACUUUUAUUCCUUGUUGGUAGUAAAAUUUGGUGUGUAAUCUCCUAGACUAUUUCCUGUGUUUUACAUACAUAUUUCUCUACCUGUACAAAUAGGUUGGAAUAUUGUUGGUGUGUUUAUUGGCUACAUUUCUGAUUUUCCUGCUCUUUUACACUUUAGUCCUUGUAAACAUUGGUUUCUCGAUAUUCCUUAUGUAUUGAGGGUACCAUCUUUUGCCUGUUAUACACCCAUGGAGAACAUUUCCCUACCACAUUGUUCAUUUAAUCUGGAUCAGUGCUUGUCUUCCCAGAUGUCAGUAACACUUCAGGAGGGAAACGGCUCUAUGUGACAGGCUGUUCAGGACCUCCCGGACCCCCAAGGCAACAACCAUUAAGAAAACACAAAGCAAGAAACAAAACCCAUCCUGCGUGUUUCCAGAUGCAUCCCGGGGGAAGGACAUCUCCAGUUGAGGACCGCUGAUGUCCUGAUUCUGUACAACAGAACAGCCGGGCCAGUGGCCUGCAAGUUCCAGAGUUUGAGAGGUUUGCCCUCCAGAAAGCCGGUGGUGAUUGGCCUUCUCACAGGACGUGGUACACUGUCCCUGAGCCCGCUCUAACUCGCCAGUUGCAGAGCUCCAGCCAGCAGCAGAAGCAGAGCAGUGGGCAGUGGUGAAGGUAGAGCUGGCUCCAGCUUCCUUGACACCACCCUCUCUAGCACUGGAGCCAGUGUCCCCUCCACCAGCAGUGUUGGAGCUGGAGCAAGGGCCGACAUCGGCUGCAGCAGGAGUGGGAGCUGCUGAGCUGGAGUCACCUGGACCAUCAUUUCUAGUGGGAAGUCCAUCUCCACCUGUGGCUAAGAAGCAUGAGAAGCAGCCCAACCUACGGCCUUCCCUCCUAAGCUGGUGGUGGAGCAGUUGACCGUGAUGGAUGCGGAGCCCUUCCAGAAGGUGGUGCCCUCUCAGUGUCUGGGCUCCACCUGGGGCAAGAGGAACAAGCCCGGCAGUGAGCACCUGGCACACACCGUCCAGGCCAAUAUCGACCACUUCAGAAGGGUGGCCAACCUCGUCAUCACCACCUGCCUUGGGGUCCCGAGCAUGAUGGCCCAGGACAGGGUGAGGGUGGUGGAGCGCUGGAUCCAGGUGGCCCAGGAGUGCGAGAUCCUGAAGAACUUCUCCUCGCCCCGCACUGUCAUCUCUUCUCUGCAGAAAACAUCCAUAUGCCACCUGAAGAACACAUGGAGGAGGUUUCCUGGUCAAACACCAAGGGUAGAGGUCAUCAAAAGAUCAAGUCUAAUCUACCUACGGGUGUGGCAGCCUUAACUAUGGAUGUUCAAGCCAGACAUUGCCAGAAGAACUACAUCUCUUCACCCAUAGAAGAUGCAACCUACAGCUGAAGAGAAACAGAUACAACACCAAUAUCUUAUCCUCUCUGAAGCCAAACUGAGAGCCCCUGGAGUCAGAAGUUUCCAAGAAAAGAAAAAGUCAUCCAUCUUCGGAAGAGAGACAGUAGAG